AUGAAAGAUCCUUUUGUAAAGGAUUCGGUUAUCGAUUCGCCGACACGAGAUAGUCUGAGAAAUGUGGAUGGUUGUUACAACAAAAACAUAUUCAAGACUAAUUCGUUUGCUAAUUCACGUCGUGCAUUACAAUCUGGGGCUGAUAAAAUCACUAGAACGCUACGAAGUGUAAGAAACACAUUCGGAAAUUUGUCUCAGCAUUUCAGGCUGGGAGGUAGGCGUCGUCACCGGCUAGCUGAACCUGUUUCCCCUUGCCGAACUCCAUCUACUCCAGUGAUGAAGAAAAAACAGCUAUUGGGCAGAAGUCCUACAAAGCUGUAUAGUCCAUUUGGCAUAGAGACACCCCAUAGCCGUGACUUCAGAAUGACACCCUACAUGCCAGAUACACCAGAACAUGGUCUUUCACCAAAACGGCGUAAAGGUGUCACCCAUUCGUGGCACAUCCUUGCCAAGAAGAGACCACGAGCACUAUUCCAUUGA